AUGGCAACGCCAAAGUGGAAAAUCGCCGUGGGGUGCGAUGAUGCAGGUGUCAGUUACAAAAACAAGAUCAAGGCCGACUUUGAAAACGACCCGCGCGUCGAAUCGGUGACGGACGUGGGCAGCCACGGAACAGACGACAAGACGGCAUAUCCACACCGCGCGGUCGACGCCGCCAGACUCGUAGCCGAAGGCAAAUGCGAUCGAGCACUUCUAAUUUGCGGCACCGGCCUGGGAGUGGCUAUCUCAGCAAACAAGGUCAAGGGCAUCCGUGCCGUCACAGCACACGAUAGCUUCUCGGUCGAGAGAGCUGUGCUGAGCAAUAAUGCCCAGGUGCUAUGUAUGGGCGAGCGGGUCAUUGGUAUAGAAUUGGCAAGAAAGCUGGCCAAGGAAUGGUUGGGGUACCAGUUUGACCCGAAUAGCGCCAGUGCUGCAAAGGUCGAUGCCAUUACAGAGUACGAGCAUGUUGAAUUGGCGGCAUAG